AUGGAUGAUGAUGAUAUAAAAAUUAAAUUUGUAAAUAUAAAAUCAGAAAAUGUGUUUUUAAUAGAAACAUAUUUUAAAGGAUUUGAAAAAUUACCAAGAAGAGAUUGGGAAAGAGGAUUAGAAUAUAUAGUUGGUCAAAUGGAAAAUGAUCAUGUAGUAACAAAAGGUGACUUUGAAAUAGAUCCACAAACAAAUGAAAUCACUGUAAUAUCAAAAGAACGUGGUAUAUCAUUUGGUGUAUCAGCAAACACUGAUAAAACAUCAUCAACCAGAUUUCAAUUAGCCAAUCCAUUUGGUAAAGGUGGUUUAGUUGGUUUUGAAUUUAGUGCAGGUCUAUAUAAAAAUAACAAUGGUUCAGUAUCAUACACUGAUAGAUUUGGUAAUACAUUAUCUCUUUUAAAAUCUUCUCAAGAUCCAGUUAUAAAAGAUAGAAAUUUUAAAAUUGAUGAGACUACAUUAUCCUAUUCAUUUCAAAAAAAUUCAAAUAAAUUUUCAAUUUUUGCAGGUGAUAGUACUGUCUCUGUUUUAAAUAAAAAUAAAAACAAAGAACAUUUGGCUAAUACAGGAUUAGCAUUUAAAACAGGUAUUUCACAUAUUUAUUCAAGUAAUUUAAGAAGUAAAUCUAUAAAUAGACUCUUUAAAAUUCAAAAUGAACUUGCAUUUCCAAUUCUAUCAUCCUGUUCAUUUUUUAAAUCAAAUAUAACAUAUUCUUUAGAUUUUCCACUUUACGAACAGUUGAAAUUUAGAGGUGAUUUUAUAACUGGUGGUAUUUUUAAUUUUAGUAAAGAUUCAAUGAUACCAAUAUCAGAAAGAUUUUUUAAUGGAAGACAUUAUAAUUUUGAAGGAUUUGUUGAUUCAAGUUUAACCGAAAAAGGAAGAUCUCCAUAUUUAGGUAGUAGUUUCUUUUUCACAUUUAGAACUGCGUUAUUACAUAAAAUUAAAGAUAAUGCAAGUGUUAUGGCAUAUCAUUGUAUUGGUAACACUGUACUUCCUUUGGAUAGUAAUGAAACUACUUUUAAAUCAACCGCUCUCAAAUUAUUCUCAACAAAUUCAAUUCGUUCUUCAAUUGGUCUUGGUAUUUCUGUUGAUAUGGGUUCUGCUGAUAUUGAAUGUAGUUUGGUUAAACCAUUAUUUUUUAAUUCACAAGAUGAACUUAAUAAUUUUGCAUUUGGAAUUAAUAUUAAAAUUUAA